GCCUGCCCGUUUUUUUUUCUUUCUUUUACUCUCAUCCAGAACCCAAGAGCCGGCGCACUCGGUCCCCUCCGGAAGGUCGAGAAACCUGCUAGGGAUGGCACGCGCCGCUGCCGCUAACCUGCGUGGCCUGGUCGGCAUUGCAGCGGCGGGCCGGCGGCGGGUGACCGCCUCCGUCGCGACACCCCGCGGGUCGCCCGGCGGGCGCGGAUUCCGGGCAGUGGCGUCAGGCUCCGGUGGCAGGACAACUCCUGAAUCCCCCUCUUCGUCCUCGCCGGCUCUACCACAGCUGCAGCCGCGGCGCGGCUUGGCAACGAGACGAGCGGUGCUGCGUAACUUGAUUAGCGGCGGCUUAGAGAGUGAGGAUGGUAAGCUGAGCUGUGGAUAUUCAAGUUUUAAGGGGAGGAGGCCUACUAUGGAGGAUCGCUACGACGUAAAGUUCGCUAAAAUGAAGGGACAGUCAAUUAGCCUUUUUGGUGUAUUUGAUGGUCAUGCGGGAGCACUUGCUGCUGAAUAUCUAAAGGAACAUCUGCUUGACAACCUUAUCGAGCAUCCUCAGUUCCUGAAAAACACAAAGCUUGCUCUGAAGACGACCUUCCUGAAAACUGAUGCUGAUUUCUUAGAGUCGGUAACCACUCCUUAUAGGGAGGAUGGUUCGACUGCUUUGGCUGCUGUUCUGGUUGGUGACCAAAUCUAUGUAGCAAAUGUUGGCGAUUCACGUGCUAUCGCUUUAAAAGGUGGCAAAGCUAUCCCACUCUCAGAUGACCAUAAACCACACAUGUUUGUCCCUGUUUUUGUAGCUAUCCCACUCUCAGAUGACCAUAAACCUAACUUAAAGAAUGAGCGAACGAGAAUUGAGAAUGCUGGAGGUGGUGUUAGUUAUGAUGGUUUUACUUGGAGGGUUGAUGGAAUUCUGGCAAUGUCCCGUGCAUUUGGCAACCGUUCAUUGAAGAAUUAUGUGAUAGCAGAGCCUGACAUUCAGGAAACGCAGGUCAGCAGUGAUUUGGAAUACCUGGUUCUCGCUACAGAUGGGCUUUGGGAUGUUGUGCAAAAUGAGGAUGUCAUUUCACUUAUGAGAGCAACGGACGAGCCUGAGGCGGCGGCGGUGAAGCUGACGGAAAUGGCCCACUCUCGGCACAGCUCAGACAACAUCACAUGCAUUGUGGUGCGAUUUCACCACUGAACAUUGUAGGAUCUGUGACGGGGAUUGAUGGCAGUGAAAUUUUGUCACUUGAGAUAUCCUGAAAGAAUGUAUUCCUCUGAUCUAUGGCUGGUAUAAGGCUUCAACAACGGUCAAAGGAACUGGCCGAUUGGUUGGAUCUUUUUGUAGGGAAUUUUUGCAUCUGGUCAUCAUUAGUGUAAUUGUAUCAGAUCGGUUAGGAGCCGUGUCCACAAAAUCUGGAGGAAACCUCAAACGUGGGACAUGAUGUUAGAGCAUCUACAGCCGUGAUAGGCUUAUUCGGCCCCUCAAACGCCUGGGCGGGUCAUUGACUAGGCAUGCCUCAUAUUUGUCUCUA